GCACACACUACAUUAAUAUAAGACCCAAAAAAUAAAAUUAUCAACAAAAUCAAACAAAUCCUCUUAAAUUUACAACAGUUACACACGCAUCAGAGUCCUUUGUACUAGAGUAGAUUAAUCUAACGCAUACUUUGGAAAAAUUCAGUUACUUACUAACUUUAUGGCACCUUUGUACUAAACAAAACACUUUAUGUCACCAAAUUGAUGUGUAAUGAUUUUUUUUUGUUUACAAUGAGCUGAGGAUCGAAUCAAAAAUCUAUAUUAUACUAUCCAAAUCCCUCACCACUAGUUCAAACUUAGUGCCUUGAUGAGUAAUGAUCUUAUCAACAGAAACCUUAAUAUUUCUCAUUAUUAUGAUGAUUAAUAUUUCUCAUUAUGAUUAUGAUUAUUACAGUUACUAUUAAACAACCGUUACAAUGUUACAUUACAUUUUUAGUAUGACAAAUAUUUCAUUUCCCCUUAUAGUACUAAUUUUGUUUUCACUUUUAUUACCUUCACGUGAGAAAAACUUCUUCACCAUUCUCCAUUUUUUCUGUUACCACUCAUUACUGACAAUACCAUAAAGAUUUCACUGCUCUCUCUCUCUCUCUCUCUAACAGCAGUACAGUACACUUGGUAGUAACUCUCAUUGCAGCCACGCAUUCUGUGACAGUACUUAUAAAUUAGUUAGCUAUCUCUCAACAACAACAUCGCUGUCAUCAAAAUCAUAUCAUAAAAAACCUACACCCCCACCUCUGUUUUUUUACUUCUUCUCACCCCCCUUCUUCCCAUCAAUGGAAACUACCUCAUUUUCCAAAUGGCUCUUCACAUUUUGCUUUGUACUUUGCUUAAUCUCUCAAUUCAUUCACUCUACUGUCACUUAUGACAGAAAAGCAAUUCUCAUCAAUGGACAAAGAAGAAUCCUUUUUUCUGGUUCUAUACAUUAUCCUAGAAGUACCCCUGAUAUGUGGGAAGAUCUGAUUCAAAAGUCUAAAGAAGGUGGUCUUGAUGUGAUUGAAACUUAUGUCUUCUGGAAUGUUCAUGAACCUUCUCAGGGCAAUUACAAUUUUGAAGGAAGAUAUGAUCUAGUGAAAUUCAUAAAGACAAUUCAGAAAGCUGGACUCUAUGCUCAUCUUCGCAUUGGACCUUAUGUUUGUGCUGAAUGGAAUUUUGGAGGAUUUCCAGUUUGGUUGAAGUAUGUUCCAGGCAUUAGCUUUAGAACAGACAAUGAACCUUUCAAGAAAGAGAUGCAAAGAUUCACUGAGAAGAUUGUUGGAAUGAUGAAGAGUGACCACCUCUUUGAAUCACAGGGUGGCCCUAUAAUUCUCUCUCAGAUUGAGAAUGAAUUUGGACCGCAGAGUAAGAUACAAGGUGCUUCUGGCCAAAAUUAUGUGAAUUGGGCAGCUAAAAUGGCUGUAGAGAUGGGAACUGGAGUUCCUUGGAUAAUGUGUAAGGAAGAUGAUGCACCAGAUCCAGUGAUCAACACAUGUAAUGGCUUCUAUUGCGACAAGUUUACUCCAAAUAGACCCUAUAAGCCUACAAUGUGGACUGAAGCUUGGAGUGGAUGGUUUACAGAAUUUGGAGGUCCAACUCACAAACGACCUGUGCAAGAUUUAGCAUUUGCAGUUGCUCGAUUUGUAACACGAGGAGGGUCAUUUGUAAACUACUAUAUGUAUCAUGGAGGAACCAAUUUCGGGCGAACAGCUGGAGGUCCUUUUGUAGCUACCAGUUAUGACUAUGAUGCUCCACUAGAUGAAUAUGGUUUGAUUAGGCAGCCAAAAUAUGGUCAUCUAAAGGAGCUUCAUAAAGCUAUCAAGAUGUGUGAGCGAGCUUUGGUUUCAACCGACCCAAUUAUUACUUCAUUAGGGAGCUCCCAGCAGGCUCAUGUAUACUCUACAGAAUCAGGAGAUUGUGCAGCUUUUCUCUCAAACUAUGAUUCAAAAUCCCCUGCUAAAGUGCUGUUCAAUAAUAUGCAUUAUAGUUUAGCCCCUUGGUCCGUCAGCAUCCUUCCCGAUUGUAGAAAUGCCGUCUUUAAUACAGCAAAAAUUGGAGUGCAAACAUCGCAAAUGCAAAUGUUACCAACAAAUACUCAUAUGUUCUCGUGGGAGAGUUUCGAUGAAGAUAUUUCUUCUCUGGACGAUAGCUACUCACUCAGUGCUCCUGGUCUUCUGGAACAGAUAAAUGUAACGCGGGAUGCAAGUGAUUAUCUUUGGUAUAUAACUAGCAUUGAUAUAGGUUCAUCCGAAUCCUUUCUACGUGGAGGCGAACUCCCAACUCUUAUUGUUCAGUCCACAGGCCAUGCUGUACAUGUUUUCAUCAAUGGUCAACUUUCUGGUUCUACUUAUGGAACUCGGGAGUAUAGGAGAUUCAUGCAUAUUGGCAAGGUAAACCUUCGUGCUGGAACAAACAGAAUAGCUCUGCUCAGUGUUGCAAUCGGACUUCCUAAUGUGGGAGUACAUUAUGAGACAUGGAGCACAGGAAUCCUAGGUCCCGUUGCACUCCACGGACUCAACCAAGGAAAAUGGGACUUGUCCCGGCAGAGAUGGACUUAUCAGGUUGGACUGAAAGGCGAGGCCAUGAAUCUUGCAUCUCCUAAUAGUAUCUCAUCAGUUGAGUGGAUGCAGUCAGCAAUAGUUGUGCAAAGAAAUCAACCAUUGACAUGGCACAAGACUAAUUUUGAUGCACCUGAAGGAGAUGAACCACUGGCGUUGGAUAUGGAGGGUAUGGGUAAAGGUCAAAUAUGGAUUAAUGGACAAAGUAUUGGAAGAUAUUGGACUGCAUUUGCUAAUGGUAAUUGCAAUGACUGUAACUAUGAAGGGUCGUUUAGGCCCGAAAAGUGCCAACUCGGUUGUGGCCAACCAACUCAACGAUGGUACCAUGUGCCUCGAUCAUGGUUGAAACCAACUCAAAAUUUAUUAGUUAUUUUUGAGGAACUCGGUGGAGAUCCUUCAAAGAUUUCACUUGUAAAGAGAUCAGUGAGCAGUGUAUGCGCUGAUGUGUCAGAGUACCACCCAAAUAUUAAGAAUUGGCACAUUGACAGCUAUGGUAAGUCUGAAGAAUUCCGUCCACCAAAGGUUCACUUGCAUUGUAGCCCCGGCCAAACCAUCUCUUCCAUUAAAUUCGCAAGCUUUGGAACUCCUCUCGGGACUUGUGGGAAUUACGUGCAAGGAGCUUGUCAUUCCCCUACAUCCUAUGCCAUUUUAGAGAAGAAAUGUGUAGGGAAGCCAAGAUGCAUAGUUACUGUAUCAAAUAGCAAUUUCGGGAAAGACCCAUGUCCAAGGGUGAUGAAGCGGUUAUCAGUUGAAGCUGUUUGCGCUCCAGCUACUACGAAUUAAUUUAAUUGGUUAAAGAAGCGUUGGUUUACGUGUAGAGUGCAGUGACUUGAACUGCAAGAAAAAGGAAUGCAUAAUAAUAAAAUGAUUUAUUGUUAUAGGUAAAGUUAAAGGAAGUUGAAUAGGUUGAGUAAUGAAUGUCAUAGUAUUGUAGUAACGUGAAGGGGUUGUGUAAAUUAUCGAUAGGUAGCUAGCUAGGUGAAUCUGAAACCAACGAAGGAUCUGAACGAAAUUUGGACCCUUAUAUGUGAAUUUAGAUGACCAGUCCCCGGCCUUUUAACCGGAUAUGGGCACUGGCCGGAAAGAGGAAAUUGAGUUGGUGUGAUUUGGUUUUGUUGUUGAGUUUAUGGGGUGAGUUGAGUUAUGGUGUAAAACAGGUUCAAAGUUAGGAGUGGAUCCUACUGUAACCAUUAUUUGAUGUCAUAGUUAUAUUAUAGAAUAGAAAGUUCAUUCUUCUGUCUACUAUAUGUACGUAUGCUUACUUGAUAUAAUAAUCUUUAUCAGCUCUUUGAUUUUAGUUGCA